UAUCCUGGAGGUCCCUGAGCAAACCUAUGGUUCAAAUUGACACUGGAAUGACACCUUCAACUUGGGCAACAGACGCUAACAAUAACAUCUACGAACUGAAGGGUGACGAUUUCACACUAGUACCUGGAAAAUUGAGUCACGUUACAUCUGGUGCUGCUGGUGUAUGGGGAGUUACAUCUGCUUCUCAUAUUUACUACAGAGAUAUGGUAACUAACACUUGGAAGAGAAUUGUUGGAGGUUUGAAACAAAUAGAUUCAGGGCCCAAGGGAAUUGUCUGUGGUGUUAGCAGUAUUGAUGAAGUAUUCUGUCGCACUGGAAUAACUGAUGCUACCCCUGAGGGCUCAGCUUGGAUUAAACUUGAUGGAUCUCUGAAGUACAUCUCAUGUGGCGAGUUUGGUCAUUGGGGAGUGAACAAACAUAACCAAGUCUUCUUCCGUGAAG